AGCAUCGACGUGACCUUUCCGUCGGAGGUGCCGGUGGGUCACGUGAUCACAGAGGGCCGAAAGUACGUGCUGACCAACCCUUCUGCCGACGUACUGCUGCGCGUGUGGAGGGACGGCCUCAUGUGUGGUCCCAGGCCAUACAAGAUCUACACCGACGACGGGGAGGAGGUCGGUUCCAUCGAAUGCCACAACUCGGCCAAGAACAGACUGGUGUUCCCAGCCGACCAACAGAUCAGGAACAAGGUGCUACUCCUAGGAACCGCACUGGACAUAGUAAGUGUGUACUGGUGGAGGUUCUACGCUCUGUCACAGGAGAUUGACGACUAGGACCUGCCCCCCUCCCCCCUUCGUCCUACCAGGAACCCUCCUACAACCAGGAUACAAGGGUAGCACACUAGGUUACCAGGUUAUCUAGGAGGGAGACUUGGAAUGCUAGUCAGGUGUUCUGUUAUCUAGACAAUAUGAGGAAGUGAUAAUAGAAACCGUCGUCACUAGCUGUCUAGGUCACCAGACUGACGCCGAGCUGUGACCAAAUAAAGUCCAAAUUCACAGGAAAUCUAAUUAUUGAUCUGGUGACUUGCAAUGUUGCUUGUGUGACCGGGAGAAUCUAUAAACAAUCAGCUGUCCAUUUGUUAUGUUUAUUCGGGUUUAAUGUUAUUCAGGAAAUCGAUCAUCGUGUUUAUAUCGCCAGGUAGUUAAUACUUAUAAAUUAGUUAUUUUUGUAUUUAUUGUUUUUGAGAGAGAGA